UCUGAUGAAGCUCGACUUAAACUCAAUGAAAUUGUUCAUCUUGCAUCCAAUUCUGAACUGAAACGUGAAAUUGUGAUGCGUGAUUUGGAGAAUUUGAAGGAAAAAAUUUUGAAUGAUGAAGCGCAGAUUUCUGUUAGUUCGAGACUAGUUGUUAACAAUACAAGCAAGUUACGUAGCCCUUUAAGUGUUCGCCGGAAAGGUCGUCCAGUAACUAAUCGAAAGGUCUCAAAGAUUGAAAAGAUUACAUGUCGUUUAAAAGCCAAUAAACCAAGUCAGAAGAAGGGAAAAGUGGUGGAGGCUACACCUACUAAAUUAGAGACUAUCCAUGAUGUUCGCGAGAUAGGAGAGUGCAGUCAAAAUGGUGACGGAGAGUGCUGUCAAAAUGGUGAUCUACAAUCCAGACCUAGUUGAGUACGGUGAAUGGAUGAUGGUGAAGAUAAUGCUCCUGAGCUUCUUUAUUUUUUUGGACAUUGUACUGAUUUUACUUUUGAGCAUGUAGGUGAAGAUAAUACUCCCGAGCUUCUUAUUUUUUGGACAUUGUACUGAUUUUAAUUUUGAGCAUGUAGGUGAAGAUCAUGCUCCUGAGCUUCUUGAUCUUUUGGACAUUGUACUGAUUUUAAUUUUG